CCAAAUUAUUUGGCCUUUUCCGACUCAUUUUUGUCAUCCCUGCUGGUCGCCUCAUGGCACGCCUAUUGCUGUCAGUCUACAUCAAGAUUUGCAACCGUGCAAUGCCGACCACCUGACUAUUCUACUUUCAGCCGUUCGGAGAAGGAUUUUUUGGCUCAAACCUCUUCUUCUGGUUCCUUCCAUAUACCGUUAAUGCAAAAUUCUUCCGUCACUACUACCAAAACAAACACUGCCUAUCUGGAAGAGCCUUCAGAGCAAACUGGUUGCAUUCUUGCUCGCAUGUUCCGAUUGCUUACUCUUCUUGCAUCUUCUGGCCAACUUCCUGGUCUUGGGCACACCAAAGCGGCCCCAGUCACAUGUGGUAACCGACCACAUGCUUCAAAGUUGAAGGACUGUGUGCAGCCUACGAAACCUGGCCUAGCUGAUUUGCGGCCAAAGUCUUUUUUCAUUUGCAAUGGUCGUUUGAAAUCACCCACCUCUUUCAGCCCAAAUGCUACAAAACUUCACAUCGAUGAUGAAGCUCAAUCGCCUACAGACUGUCCAUUUUGCCAGGCUCCGCUUGACUGUCGCUUGGACUACUUCACACCUUAG